AUGGCAACCACAAACCCCAAAUACAACCUCCGCAACCCCCUCCCGCUCUCCGCCGCCCAAGAAGCCGAAGUCAAGCAAUUAUACUACAAGCGCGUGCGAGCUCAUUGUGCGCCGGAGAUUAAAGCCUUCGCCGAAUGCGCCGUCAACCGCACGGUCACAGCUACAUGGGUGUGCCGGACACAGCGACUCGCGAUGAACUCGUGUAUGGUUGCGCAUGCGAAGCCAGAGGAGGAGGACCGGGCGCGAGAGGAGUGGUUUGCUACGCAUGGGGAGCGGCGGAAGGCGAAGGAGGAAGAGCUUGCGAGGACGGAGAAGAGGAGAGAAGAAGUUAUCAGGAUGAUGCGGGAGGAUGAGAGGCGGCAGGCGGCGGCGAAGGGGUCGAGUUGA